CACUUAGGUAUGCUGUGCUGGGCUCUAAAUCAAUGUGUUGCACAACUUCCCCUGAUAAGACCUUCUCCUGCCCAUGGGCUCGGUCAUAUAAAGUCUUGACAGAGAUAACCAGCGUUUCUAAAAUUCUUCACUCAGACACCCAAACGCUUUCUACAGUGUCCAGACUCAGACAGUGAGCAGCCAUGCCGUCCGAACUGGAGACCGCCAUGGAGUCCCUCAUCAUGGUAUUCCACCGCUACGCUGGAAAAGAGGGCAAGAGCGGCACCCUGACCCGCCGUGAACUCCGAACCCUGAUGGAGCAUGAGCUCUCUGGGUUUCUCAAGUCUCAGAAGGAUCCAACCACCAUAGACAGAAUUAUGAAGGACUUGGAUGCCAAUGGAGAUGGGGAGGUGAAUUUUGAAGAGUUUGUGUCUUUGGUUGUGGGUUUGUCCAUUGCUUGUGAGGCGUGCUACAGAAUGCAGUUAAAGAAGACACAAAGCUGGAAAUGAAGAGGAAUAUGAUCAAUGCAGACAAUCUGUAAAGUUAAUCCUGCUGUCUAUUAAAAUAUCUGUUUUUUACUUUUCUGUUGA